AAAGUGGAGGCAGAUAAGCAGAGAACAGAACAGACAGACGAGGAUCGGUCCAGACGGAGACAUGGAGGGGAUUCAUGCACACUUCACUGUGAGGACGUCACUCAGCUUUCUACUUCUGAUUCUGCUUCAAACGUCCACUGAGGCCCAGAUGUGUAGUGCUCCAAGGAUUGUUCAGUUUGAUGAAAACAACGAGGUCGGUGCUGUCGUUGUGACUAUCACACUCGAUCCAGGGGUGACCCUCGCAUUCAAUCCUCCUCCAGCCGACCCUGAUUACCCAUUCAGACUUGACGGUGAUCAGCUGAUAGCUGCUAAGGUGUUGGACUACGAGACUCAAACUAAUUAUGAUGUCGCGAUCACCUGUACUUCACCAGGAGGCGGCACGUUCCCCCUCACCAUUCUUGUAUUUCUGGUAAAUGUGAACGAUCACCCACCAGUCUUUGCAGAGAACCCUUACCGCAUCACCGUCAAUGAGAUGACUCCAGUGGAUGUCAGCGUGGCCAGAAUCGCUGCCACAGAUGUAGAUAACCCUGACCUCUACUACACACUGACGUCUACAUCUGUGCCGAAUCCCUUUAAACUACAGUCACGAAACAAUCCAGAUAUCCUUGUUGAGACACCUCUCGAGUACGACAAAGUCAAAAGUGUCGAACUGAUCUUAACUGUUCAGGACACAGAGACUGGAGCAGCCGGUCCUUCAUUCACUGCCUCCACCACCAUCCUGGUGACCAUCGUAGACGUGGACAACAGACCGCCGUGGUUCCAGCCCUGCGUCGAGUUUGAGAGUGGAGGGGCUUUGAUCUGUCAGAGCUCCGGGUACACCGGCGUGGUCAGUUUAAACGAACAAGAGACUGGAACACUACCGCUGAAACCAGGACCGCUUCACGCCAUCGACGGAGAUAAUGGAAUAAACGAGGCCAUAAUGUACUCGUUCCUAGGUGGAGAUGCUGGCGGGCUGUUUCAGAUCAACUCUGACACGGGGGACAUCACCAUGCUGAAGCCGGCCGACGUGUUGGGGACGAUCAGUCUGACAGUCCUGGCUGCUCAGAGGAAGAACAGUUUUCAGGUUUCCACCACCACCGUCACAAUCAGGGUUCUGGUGAAGAGUCUCCACCCUCCCAAGUUUCAGAGCUCAGAGUACAAAGGUGUGGUCUCUGCAGUCGGCACCAUGGCGGUGGACCUGAACAACAAAGAAUCGCCACUGCGGAUCAUCGCCACAGAUGAUGACUAUGCUGCCACUGGGGGUUUAAAUCCCCACAUCACUUACCAAGUUACAGGUAGCAAUGAUUUCUCGAUUGUUGAUGGCUAUCUAUUCAUGACCAAGGACCUCCCAGAGGAAACAUUAUCUCUACAAGUGGUGGCAACAGACACAAUUAACGACCAAUCAGCUACAGCUCAGCUGUCAGUGCAGGUGACAAAUGGUCUCACCACCACCAGUUUGCCUCAGACCACAGACAGUGUGGCCACGACAUCUGUAGAUGAAUCCACCACCAAUGGCAAGACCACCAACCCAACAACCAUCCCUAGCACCACCAGUGAAAUCUCCAGUAUGCCCACUGAAGGCAGUGUUUCAACCGCCGGUACCAGUGACAGCACAGCUCCCCCAGUGAUCGUACCAUCAGGUGAAUAUGGGACGGUGGAAAUGGCAGCAGUCGGCGCGACCCUGGGCGUCCUGCUGUUCAUUUGCCUGGUGGUCAUUGGGGUGCUUGCUGUCCGUAUUCAGAGGGGGAAAGCAGAUUGGAGAAAAAUCUAUGAAGCCAGCAAGUUCCAAAGCUCUCUGGGUAAAGGUUCAGUCACUCAGAAGGAAGGUAUCCAGUACACCAAUGAGGCCUUCGAGAAUGAUGAAGAUGGAUACAGCACUGGCUCCGGCACUCCUAAGAGGGGAAGCAUAAUGCUUAGUGAAGAGCCAGGAAAAGCAACUGGGAACCUUCCUGUCAAUGAGGCCGUCGUGAAGUCUUCACUGGCAAGGCAUGUCCUCCUGCGUGACGACGCCAGCGAGGCCGGGUCAGACAAAACCGACAGCGAUAAGGAGGUGAAACCCAUCCUGACCAAGGAAAGACGCAUGGACGAGGGAUACAAGUCAGUCUGGUUUAAGGAGGAUAUUGAUCCCAACGCAAAGGAGGAGGUAGUCAUCAUCCCAGACAGCAGAGAGCACGACAGCGAAGAUGAAGACGAAGACGACAACCCAUCGAUAAAAACCCCAAGAGUCGUCUUUAAUGAGACGGAUCUGGACAGUGGACUCGGGGUGAAGAUGGAGGAUCCAGCAGAGAGCUCAGAGGAUGACGACUUCUCGAAUGUUCAUCUGUGAGUGGCGCCAAAAGGAAGGACAACAACACGACGGGGCAGUACCCUAAAAAUCUCAUUCCUGCAACACUCAGUGUGAGCAGUCUAUCACAGAUGACCAGUGGCACAGAUCCAUAACUGAACACACCUAAUGGAAACAUUUUAAUGAGUCUAUUAUGAAUUUAUAUGACUUUGCCAGCCUCGCUCUGUGUGAAGGUUUAGAUGAGUAAAUGUAACCUUUUAUGACUUUUUCCCUUUAAUACUUGAUACCUGAUUUAAGAUAUUAUGUUAAUGUAUCAUACAUGAUACAUUAUGUAUCACACAUCAUGAUACAUGUCUUAAAACCUGUAAAGUUUUGAAGUCUUAAAACCUGGAAAUAAGCAUUUUUUUGCACUUCUGGUUCCCCCUCCUUAAAGUCCAUUUGUUUCCAGUAGCUUAAAAUAAGGUUUGUGGUUAACUAACAAUUUAAAUAUUUUCAGAUUUUGUCCCAUGAAAUAAUGUAUGUCAGUAAAAUACCCAACGUUUGAAAUCAAAAAGCUUAUGUUGUUUAAAAAAAGUAGUGUUCAUUUGUGAAGAUUAUCUUGAUGAGCAAAACCUGGUAGUAUUAUCAACGUUUGCUUGCCACAGAGCUUCUUUUCUGCAAUGAUAAAAAUCCCAUUGAAAAAUAGCAUAGGCUGUGUUGAGGGAACCAGGGCGCAGGCCACUUAUCUAACUUGAGGAAUCUAAGUAGACCCCCAGUCAUCCUCGCUAAUGUCAGAGGGGGUUCAUGAAAGUUUUUUAAAAUAAAUGUGUAUGAAUGGAUUUAUGCUCACUAAAAUUAGCCAAGCUUGACACGCAAUAUACUAAAUAUGUAUACAGGAAAAAAUAAAAAUAAUGUUUCUUUAUAUAUAAAUCACUGUUUGUGCUGCUUUCAUGGGGUAAAAAUGCUCUUUAAAUAUGUUGAGUUAGGUUAUUUGUGCAUUGUGGGCAGAGUGACAGGAAACGGAUUUUGGAUCCUAGUGCCAUUUUGUAUCUUAAAAAUACAACGUAAUACAAGAAGUCUUGUUUCUCUGUUUUUGCCCAUGGGACACCAAUAAGUUUCUGUUUUGCCUGCGAAAUAAAAAUAUGGGCACCCCUGUAAAUAUAAUAAGGUAACAGCAGAAGGAAUCUGCUCUCACUCUCUUUUAAACAAUGAUGGUUCUGACACUAGCUUAAAGGUUGUAGAAGUUACUGAGACCAGUAACAAUGAUUUAAAUUUUAUCAGGAAAUGUCAGAUGGAAAAAAAGACUCAGUCACCAUACUUACUGGUAUUUUAGAUUGAUAACUGUUCUUAAUUGCUGACUACAAUGUUUUGAAAACUAGAAAUGCAAAUGGAGAAACAUCAGCUGAUAAGACCGCUGUUCUUGUCUGUGAUCAUAAAUCCCUCCCUGCUGAUACUGAAGACUGUAAAACAUUAUGACUGAAGCAAACUUUGAACUUCCAUUAAAUAAUCCACAGCAGUAAUCGGAAAUAUUUUUCAGCAGUUUCGUGUUGAACUUUAGAAAACUGAUGUAAAUAAGUCUGUUGAAGCUGUAAAAUGUAUAUUAUUAGUAAUAAACCCUUAAACCUGAGAAAUAAGGUGAUGCAGCAACUCUCAUUUAAACAUUAAAGUACGGUUGUUAAUAAUUAGUGUUUGACAUUAAAAGAUAUUACUGUUUGAA